GCUAUGCAAUCAAUCGAUCAUCGAAAAUUAUUUUUCAAUUGAGAUCGUUAGGCAAAUUGCUUUGUUGAAUUAUAGCUUUCGAGUCGCGGUUUAGAUUGUGUGCUUUUCAAGUUCAAUAAAUGAUCCGUCGAUAUGCACCUCGAGUUCGCUCGUGCGUGUAUUCAGUGGAAAUAAAUAAUAAAGUCUCUCGGAGAAAAGUUUUAUAUUCUCGCUUUUAUCGCUGCGCGAUCAGUCUGGCUUUUUGUACGUUUGUUUUAUAAAAAGCGAGAGCAUCGCUAUAUCGAUCGAUUAUAUUUGCAAAAACAUGUUUGCUCCACACGCUCGAACGACGUUUGAUAAAAUUUUAAUAUGAUGUUACUGAGGCCCAAUAAAAUAUUCGCGGUGAAUUUUGAAAAUUAAUCCUUGCAUUCGUUCGGUAUAUACCCGGUUAUCCCCCCUAUUAAUUAUAUCUUUUUCCCUAUUCCUUAUCUGCACUUCUCGGUAUAAGUGUCUUAUAAUCGUUUCAUGUCAGAAAUUCCCAAGCCAGAUGGAUCCUUAGAUAGAUAUACGCAUUUAUUUUGUGUCUCGCUUUCAACGUAUACCAGUCGACUAAAAAUUGCGUAUAGUCUCAUUUGCUGUACGUAUUUUUUACUGUAAUCCAACGCUCCAGUAAACACCCAAGGGUACACACAAUCGUGAUCGAAGUUACCGAAAAGUCAUUAAAAGUUGAGACAUUUGAAAAUAAAUUUUAGCAAACAAUCGUCCGCUCUGAAAACUGGCCCAUUAAACAAUCGGCCGCUGAAUAUAUACAAUACCGAGAAAGCCGACGACCCAAGGGACAAAAAUCAAUCUGACGAGAAGACGCGCGUGUAUAAUGUAGUUGCAGGGCAAGUACAGCGAACCUUUUGCGAUAAAAAGCGCGCGAAGCUCGGUGUCCUUGGACUAGGCGCGCAUUCGCGCGACCGGACGCCAGCGUGCACAUAUUCGAGACAUUUUCUUAUACGUUUAUAGGCGCAUCUCGGCGCACGACCGUACACGAGUCUCGAUUCCGAUCUGACAAUGUUCGCGGUGUAGACGAGAUGGUUUAUGCAUCGCGAUGCAUUUUUACGACCGAGUGAAAUUUUAAUCGGUUCAAGUACGUGCACGAAUCAUAACUAUUUCCAAACGUCAACGUUUAAGAAUGCAGGGAGCGCUUAAUUAACGUCGACGUAACACGAGCCAUCGAGUGGAAGGCUCGUCAGUUCUGCGUUUCCUCUUAUUGCAUCUCUCUUGAUAAAAUCCUGUCCCUAUGAUGUAAAUCAUGUGUGUCUGUUCUGAAGUAUACUCACGUGUACAUCUGCGCGUCAAGAUAAGACAUCCGUAGCGUCGAAACUUUCUUUAAAUUUUAAUUUGGCUGUACUGUUGAAAAUGAGAUUGAUCAUUUUCUUAUUGACGGCCUUGUGGUACGACUCGUCUAGUUUUGGCCAUGUGCAAGCUGAGCCCAAAAGUAGCAACACUCGUCUCAUACCAAAAAGAUUCAACAGCAGGCUGUGGAAGCGCCAGGACGACCUUGGCUACCUCGAGCAAUGCAGUAUCUUACAGUUCUGGGAUAAGCAAAUCGGCCGCGUCAACGUCCUCGCCUUUUUCGAUUCAUCCUGGCAGUUCAGCCACCGACAGGCUGCCAUGCUGAAAGUAUUGAGGGAACGUUUCGAUAAGACGGGCUUUGACAACAUUCAAUUCUUCGCGAUAAACGCUUCGCCCGACGAGUCCCAGUAUAUCGACAGGGCUGAAGUCGAGGUGGAGGAGGAAACGUGGAAACAGAUCUCGCCGAGUGAAGCCGAGGGUCGACCGCCUGUCGUCGUAUCGCCCGAAGCGUUGAUCGAAGCUCUUGGCCCUGACGUCUACUUCAUCCAGGACAACGACGAGCUCCAGAUCUGGUCCAAGCUCAGAGCUUUUCGAGACCAGAUUCUCGUUAUUGAUCGUUGUGGACGAUUGACCUAUCAAGUGAUCGUUCCUUGGAGCAUUUUGCAUUUUCCUUAUGUGAAAGCGGCUAUCCUGUCAACUUACAAGGACGAACCCUGCGGAUACUGCCAGUUUAAGGAAACAGUUUUUGAUACAACUUCGACUGAUAAUAAAGAUGCGCAGUCAUCGUCCAAAUUGGUUGAGCAAACCGAAGACAACGAUAAUCCAUCUACUUUGUCGCAAGAAACAACGACGGUAAUUUAUGAAGCUGAGAGCUACGAUACCACUUUGACUGUAGACGAAUCGUCUUCUCCGAUCGUUCAGACCGAGCAUGAAGUCACAUCUUUAUCGACCAGUGAUAGAAAUGACGGAAAUGAGACCUCUUCGGUAUCACAAGAAUCAGAGGACCUACAAAUGGAGACUGACGAUGGUCAAGCGCCAUCGACGAUUUACCAAGAAUCAUCGACAUUAAGCGAUCUGGUAGAAAAUAGCGAAUCAUCAUCGAAAGCGCGAGAAUCGACCACAGACAUUUCGCAAAUUAACGACGGCGAAGAACAAUCGACGUAUUUUCACGAUUCUUCAACCCCAAGUUACCCGGACGAAAGUAACAAUACCGAGUCAAUUUCUGAGGAUCAAUCAACCCCAAACAUUCAGACUGAAGCGGAUUCAACAUUUGAUACUAGUACCUAUUUGUACAGUCCAACAUUGCCGGACUCCAAUGAAAAUGAAUCUGCGAACUCUACGGAUAACAAAGAUGCAGAGGAUUAUUAUAAUUCUACUCCUGAUAAAGAGUUUGAAUACACGACAGAAAAUGUUGAAACGCCUGCUACCGACGAGGCAUUGAUUACUGAUACAACAGAUGGAUUAGAAUUUAACAAUGCGACUGAUCAACUGAUUUCGGAGGUAGAAGUCCAAACUACGACUGAUAUUUCAAACUCGAGUUCCGAAACAGGAGAAUCAAGACUGAAGGACAGCGACGAAAUCGAGAGUCGUGAUGCUCGCGAUGUCCUCAAAUCCAGAUCGACCAAUGCUCGCUCUGUGUCACCAAACGAUGGCUCAGAAAACCAUCUAGAAAUAGUUAACAUUAAUGAAAAUAAUCAAGAGACCCUCGAAUCGGAUUUCUUGAUACCGAUCCGGAUAAUAAUGAGGGCGCCUCACGUAGACGAGUACAGCGACCAAACUAUGAAGGCGCACGAGUACCUUGUGCUAAAAACUGGCCAGGCUGACUACCAUGAGCAUCUAGAUGAGCCGAAACCCGACGAUAACGAAGAGGAACAUAGGCCUGUGCGAAAAAAGGCCGAAGCCGUUAGACGGACCUUUGGUAAGGACGAGAGUCCUGGAUUCUACGGCGAAGUGGCCGAUUACUGGCGCAAUUUCGGCAACGAACAGCUUACGCAGUCAAGCGCCGAAGAGGAGGAACAGGAUUUGGAAGAUUAUACCGAUGAUGGAGUAACAUUAUCUCCGACUACACUAUCUCUAAAUGAUGAAAGAAUUAACGUAGAAAAUCAAUACGACAAUCCCGAGGUGGUACCAAUAGGCCAAGUAGGAGUUGAUGACGGAACUGCUUAUGAUCAUAAUUCUGACUUGAAAGAAGAAGUCGAUGUAGUUGACGAAGAAGCUAAAAGCAAAUUGAUAGCACACUACAGCAAGUUAUUACCAUGGCUGUAUUAUGUUUUAGCUAAGUAAAAUAACUUAAUUUAUUGAGUAAUGUAAUAAAAAUGUAGUAUAUUUACUCCUUAAAUAAAUAUUCUUUUUUUAUAAACGUA